UGCGCGUUCCUGACCAAUUCGACCUCCUAUUCCAUGCUUCUCUAAUUAUUUCCUCCUUUUGCCCUCUUCUUGCUCGAUGACCUGCUUCCUUUUGCAGGUGGUCGCUACACGCCGACAUGCACUCGCCAGAUUGACAGCGUCAUACCGAACAGCAGCACCAUGAUCGACCUGUGCGCCGCGCGCUCUGUGCGGAUAGCGGCUCUAACGAUCCUGAUCUUCCUCACCACGGGCUACCUGCUCUCUGCCUCUACACUGGCCUUUGGAUGGCGCAACACCUUUGCGCCGGCGAGAAUCGAAUCCUGGCCCUACAUUGAGGUUGUGGUACCCGAGGGGAAGAAAUGGCCCUAUCGCAAGUUCAAAUCCUCGGCGUGGAUGCCCCCCAACAUGACGAUUACGCGGAACGAAGGGGCGCUGGCCAAGGGCUACUACAUCUUCACGGCAAAGAACAGGGGUCCUUCGGGUGGUCUCGUACAGAGUGCCCCGGUCAUCAUGACGGACGACAACGAGCUGGUGUAUGCGCACGACGGGCCUUAUGGCGCCAACAACUUUCGCGUCCAGGAGGUCAACGGCAAGCCCCACCUCACUGUCUGGCUCGGCGAGAGUGUCACCGGUCACGGAUACGGCCAAUUCCACACCAUUGACGAAUCGUAUCAAGUCCAAACGAGUCUCUUUUCCGGCAACAUUGCACCGCAGUCGCUGGCGGCAGGGAAAAAGGCACCAGGGCUAUCGGACUUUCACGAGCAAGAGAUGACGGAGCGAGGCACGGUCUACAUGGUCGCGUACAACAACACGCAGGUGAACUUGACCUCCAUUGGCGGGAAGGAGGACGGUUGGCUCUCCGACAGCCUGAUCUACGAGGUCAACAUGACGACCGGCGAGACGCUCUUCACGUGGAGCGCCAAAGACCACAUCCCCUUGGAGGCGUCGAAACUGCCCAUCAAGUCGUACAUGGGGGAUGGCUCAAAGGGGCACCCUUGGGAUCACUUCCAUAUCAACUCGGUGCAGGAGAUUGGGGAGAACCUGCUGAUUAACAGUCGGCACACCUUUGCCAUGUACCUCUUGAGCCGGAAAACGGGCGAGGUGCUCUGGGAGCUGAGCGGGCGCGGCGAAGGGGGCGACUUUGGCCCCCUGGCCGAGGCGGAUCGGUUCAAAUGGCACCACCAGGCGCGAGCGCACAACGUCACCGAGGACGGGAUGACGAUCAGUAUCUUUGACAACCACAACAUGCAGCAGGACAACGGGACAGCGCCGACGAGAGGUCUGGUACUGAGAGUCGACCUGCCGCCCGACGCCUCCAAGCCGCCGACCGUGCUGCGCAGUGUACGCGGGGACAAGCCCUUUUACGUGGGCAGCCAGGGUAGUUACGAUCCCGCACUGGAGAACGGGAACCAGCUCAUGUGCUACGGACCGGUCCCCAUGAUCCAAGAGUUUGGGUCGGAUGGCAAGGUGCGGUGGGAAGGCCGAUUUGGGCGCGAUGAGACGGUGCAGAGCUAUCGUGCGUUCAAGAGCGAGUGGCAUGCCACUCCCACGGACUGGGACCCGCGCCUCCACGUGGAGAAGAUCCACGACGAUACUCUGAAAGACGAACAACAAGUGGAGGGCUAUGUGUCCUGGAAUGGCGCGACGGAUGUGACCGGGUGGAAUAUCCAUGUACGGCGCGGGGGCGUGUGGUCCAAAAUGGGGCGAGCCGACAGGAAAGGGUUUGAGACGGUGUUCAGGGUCGCUGCGCCCGAGGGCUGCGUUGUUGUCGGCGCGGUCAUGGACGGUGUAGAGGUCAGGCGGUCGAAUGAGGUCUGUCUGUGAGGGAGAAUGGGAGGGUCUGAUUCUUCGUCCUUCAAAAUCGUCUUUACAUGAUAUCUUAUCUCUGUCAUAUCACCCUCGCUUUCCAGUGUCCACACACUCGUACCCAUCCAACAUCCAUGGCCACCGAUGACCCGCCCGACGUUCCAGCGCGUGAGACAGCCACGUACGCCACCAUUCCUCUCGGCGAUGCGCUCCGCAGCCUCUGGUCUGGUUUUGUGACGGACCCCUUGACGGACACGUGGAAGAUCAAGGGUGUCAAGAGCAUG